UUCGCUUCGUGUGUAGCAAAACCGAAAGGUACAUUUUCCAGGGAAUCAAGUAAUAUUCGCGGAAGUAUUUUCCUCAACUGUUAGAAAUAUUGAUGCUGGAAGAAUUCGAAGUGACAAGAUGGCGACAUGCAAAUCAAGUAGUCGGACUGGUCUUGACAGCUGGCAGAGCAGAAAAUCUCUUUCAGAAUGUCUGAGACAUUCUCUUGAAAAUAAAAUGUUCACUGACGUAACAUUCAAGGUGGGAAGAGAACAGAAGUGCGUCCAGGCUCACAGACUGAUUGUCAGUAUCCGCAGUGGCGUGUUCGAGGCCAUGUUCUACGGACCAUUGGCAGAGCAGGAUGAGGUCGUCAUUCCGGAAGUAGAACACGACAUAUUUGAACAGUUUCUAAGGUACCUCUACACAGAUGACGUCACAAUGGAUGGUGCCAGUGUAAUGGGUUUGCUGUACGUUUCAAAGAAGUAUGACGUCAAAACCCUGGAGCAGAAGUGCCUGGCGUAUUUGUCGUCAUCGAUGACGCCAGACAACGCCUGCGUGAUACUGGAACAGGCCCACGUGUUUGAUGAACAGGAAUUGAAAGAAAAAGCUCUGUCUUUUAUUUUGGAAAAUGGAUAUGGUGCUCUAAAAUCAUCUGGAGUUACCGACCUUUGUCACGAAUGCUUGGUUAAGAUCAUACAAGCGGAAGAACUGGAGGUCGAUGAACAAGCUGUCUUUGAAGCUGUUGUGGCGUGGAGUGAGAGCGCAUGCAGGAAACAGAACAAAGAUGUAACUGACGAAAACAGACGACAAGUGAUUGGGGAAGUCAUAAAGCACGUGCGGUUUCCCUUACUUGACCAGAAGUAUUUCGCGAAAAAUGUAGUACCAACUAACUUGCUGACUGAUGCAGAAAAAGUCAAGAUCUUAACACACUGGAUAUGUCCUAAUGAAAACGUUUCACCAUUUAACGCCAACAAACGCACGGGUAUUAUUCGUCAAGAGAAAAUUAUAAUACAGCGCUUAGCCGGACUCUGUGGUUUUGGUUGCUCAUGUUCUAGUGGUGCAGAUCAUGGAAUUAUGUUUUCUGUAAACCAAAACGCAUCACUACAAGGAUUCCAGUUGUAUGGUCCCUAUGACAGACCCACUGCACAUUAUGACGCCAGAGCUUUUAUAACAGACCCGACAACAGACGACGUAAUCGAAGGUUCAUCAGUGACAAAGUCAGUCUCAGUCGCAGCUGGGACGACAACAUAUGACGUGGAGUUUCCGCGACCCCUAAAACUGAGUAAAGACAAGAAGUACAAUCUGCUUGUUAACAUCAAUGGACCUAAGUCACUCUAUGGGAAGUCGGACAGAUCUACAGUACAGGACGGGUCGUUUGUGUGCUCGUUCUUCAACUGCCAGAAAUCCAAACACAGUAACAAACUAAACCGAUAUACAGAUGUGGAUGAAGGACAGAUCCCUGGUUUGAUGUUCUUAGUAUGACAACCUGUAGUUGGAGAUUAUGUUAUAGUAGAGUAGUGUUAGUAUGGAGUCAUCUUCCUAGUAGUAGCUGGUGAGACUUUCUCUAACAGUCCAGCUAGUAGAGCAUUGGAUUCUUAUAAAUCAUACACAUAUAUAGUAGAGUAGUGUUAGUAUGGAGUCAUCUUCCUAGUAGUAGCUGGUCGGACUUCCAGCAAUUUCAGCCAAUUUCGACCCCUGUGUAUAAAUGUUCCGUGGUUCCACCCCAUUCAGUAUUGGUUGCUUUACAUGUAAAUGUUACAGUUUGUGGCCCGGGACAUGCAUUGGCUUGAUGGUGUAGUUGUGUUGGUAUAAUGUCCCCCUCCUGCGCAGUAGUCAGUUAAAUGUCUUUUGUUAGCGCUGUUGGUAAAGCUUAGAUGCAGAGAUACAUAUGCAUGUACGAGUGCACGCGCACACACAUAUACGCACGCACAAGCACACGGACAAACAUGCACACACAAUCGUACGCACGCACACACAUACACCUAUACAUUGAUAAUAUAAAGUUUAAAGUGCUCCUUCUUGGAUAUAUGCACAGAGGAUUGUUUUGCCAUUCCUAAUAACAAUGCGCGGGGAAAGGUCUCACAUCACUAUACAUUUGUGCACGAUAUUUACCUGUUUUGUUGUAAUAACCAUUGCAUCAAAGACACCGCACGUAUAGGUUCUUGCAUUUGUUUAACCACCCCCCACCCCACCCCCCAAAAAAACACCCCCAAAACACCCCAAACAAACAACAACAACAAACAAAGAAACAAACAAAAAAAAACCCAAAAACCAAACACACAAAACAAACAAACAAAGAAACAAGCAAACAAAAACAAAACUAAAUGGAAUUGUUGAAAAAUGUUGGGGCAUUCCUUGAAACGAUUUUAACACACGUAACGUCAAUGAUACACACUGACGUAGCCAGGAUGAUAUAGUGGGGGUGGGAUGUGUGUGGGAGGGGACCAUAUUUUAUGUAUGAUUUUAUAAAAUCAAAUACAGUUGAAAAAAAGUUUGAUGGGGGGGGGGGGUGGGGGUGGCGUGCCCCCACUUACGUCACUGAUGUUACAGUGUAUGAUGCGCUAAUAAUUAUGUUCAUUAAUUAAUGGUAUUAGCUGAUGUACACCACAACUUUACAUUGAAGCAACAAUUAGUCCGUGCAUUUGGGCAACCGCUAUGACGUAUUGGUUACUGUAAUUUGUAAAUUUUGUUAUGCGUGCGUGUAAUGUUUAAAUUUAAAGAUUGUACACAUGUUGUUUUAUGUUUAUAUUUUACCUUGUGCAUUUUUCAUAUACAAUCAACGUCCCAUGCUGCGUUCACCUAACGACAAAAACACGAAUACGAUAUUUACGGAAAUACUAUUUUACAUUUUUCGGCUACGAUUCGUGAAACGAUGCGUGAAACAAAAUAGAUUCCAAUCAAUUAACCUGAGUAAUCAACAAUGUGGUCGUAAAACAAAUCCAUUCUAGUAAACAAAAGUGAAGCACCCUCCAGUAAAGAGGAAAGAGUGCAACGUUUCUAACUGCGUUCAGACGCAUGCAUUUGCAAAAAUUAUCGUCCGCGCAUAUGCGGUUCGUCGUUUUCCAUUUUAAGGCCACUACAUGGAAAAUAUAUGUGUUUUAACUAUGCAUAGUUGACGAGCACUUUGCUUGAUUUUUUUUUUAAAAGGAAAAAGUUCAGUUUGUCAAGCAUUCUGGCCCGGUCCGCGUUUUACCAACACCUAUCGCUAACACUACCGGGAUGUCAAUAUUGAUAAGCAUUACGCUCAUAGCAGUGAAAGGUUUGUAAAAUAUUACUUUUUUUUUUAAUGAAUUGAUUCUUAAUUAACACAAUAUAUACACUCGAAAUUAUUUACAAUUGUUAUGAAUGGAUUAUCACUAAAGUAGAGGCACACACAUGAAGCAUACCUUUUGCAGAUCGAAUAUAAUAAUUGAAAACAAAUUCUAACAACAGAUGGCUUAAAAAGCACGAAAAAUAAAUGGCACAUGUGAGGUCACGUGACACGCACCAUAUGAUAAUUCAUCAUAUUCCAUGUUAAGUCAAUUUCUACGAGUCAUGUGGACCCGAUAUCAGUAAUUUUAUGGAAUAAACGAAAUACUUUGAAAAGUAAAUGGUUUUAAAGGUUUGUAAAGUUAUGAGUUUUGUAUUGAGAUACUUACUUGUCUGAACUUUAUUGUUAAUGGAAAUGUUAACGAACUGUGAAGAAAAACCUUACAAAUGAACGAUAAGUAGACGACAACAAACCGGAUGUUGAUUGCACGAAUCGUGCACGAGAAAACACACCGAACGGAGUUGGAAGCAUAACGCAGUUAGGGACGUUGACGAUAUAUAUAAUGUAUUAAUGAUACAGUAAUUCUUAUAUGUCGUAAUUAUGGUUAUUUUAAGAACAAUAAAUGUGUGUCAUAAUAUA